UCCCAUCAAUUCGUUACAGGACCAUCUUCCACAAAAACAGAAGAGCAUAAGUCGAUUCGGGGAAAACGUGACUAUUACUACUCACCAUACUACUAUGUCAAUCAACUGUUGGUGGCACCUGACCCACCAAAUCCCUAUCUCCAGAAGUGGAUCACGCAUGAGCACAAUCGUUACCGAAGGAUGGUGCCUGCUUCUGAUAUGAACAUGCUCUACUGGUCCCAUGAAUUGGCGGCUUCUGCACAGCGACAUGCAAACACCUGCGAUUUCCGGCAUUCAAGAGGUCGAGUUAACGUCGGCGAAAAUAUCUGGGCAGCUCCCUACAGCAAUUAUUCCGAUGCGAUUUCACUAUGGUUCAAUGAGGUACAUAAUCCAUAUUGCGGUUGUAACCAUGCCUACAAGCACUGCUGUGGUCACUAUGUUCAGGUGGUAUGGGCAAAGACGAACUUAGUCGGCUGCGGUUUCGCCAGAUGUCGUGAUGUGCAAGGAGUCCUCGGCCAUGGCCAUCGGAACGUCUUCGUGUGCCACUACAAUCCACAAGGAAACACGGUACUCGUCACUGGAUCAGGACAGCUUUACGCGUUGCCAGCAUUCACAUGGGCUACCGGCAAUAAAGGUCCCUGUUCUGACUGUCCACCAUCGGCACCGGCAUGCUUCCAAGGACUUUGCUACAUGCCAUCUGAACGCUACAGUGCUAUGGCAGUCGAACACUACACCUCUACUGAUCGAGCUGUCACUGAAUCGCCCCAGUUUACAGAGAACACCGACUCGACGACGGAUUCCACGCCAUGGACAGACUCGAGCAGCUCAUCCGAUCCAGGUUUCUGA